AUGUCCGCUGGGGAGUCUCCCAGGAAAACUCUGGAAAUAGAGAGCUUCCACACACGAUUCAGUGCCUGGACACCUUUUAACAACAAACCAUUAAAUCGACAGCUCUUUCAGGAAAGAGUGGCCCUUGUAAGCCAUUGGUUUGACCUCUGGACCAACAAGCAACGCCAAGAAUUCUUACGCACGGUUUUUUCACGCUGUACGAAGUCACAAUUAAGGUGUGUCCAAGAGUGGUUUGCACAAAGGACAGAGGUGGCCCGUGUGGAUUUCUCGACAGUGUUCCCGCGCUUCAUUUCUCUCUAUAUUUUUUCCUUUCUGAGUCCCAAAGAUCUGUGUGCAGCCGCGCAAGUCAGCUGGCCCUGGAAGUUUUUGACGGAACAGGAUUGCUUAUGGAGGCCCAAAUGUGUUCAGUUUGGAUGGUUUCUGCCCUACACGCCGACAGGCAAUGAGUAUGGUGCUUGGAAGCACCAUUACCUGGCCUGUGUGUCCCACUUAGACUGGCUGACGCCGCGGGAAGCGGCUGCUGUCUAUGGAACCCUGAAUGAACCCACAGCAGGAGAUGAGGAAGUACGGGAGAGACAAAGAGAACGGUGUCUAAGACAAAUCAUCUGGGAGAAAAUCACACUACGCAAGAAGGAGUUAUUCAAAGCCCGGCCCCCUUGGGUGAGUGGAACAGGCUGCUCUAGAUUGUUACGAUCCAGAUGCCAACCACGUCUCUCCCAGACUGUGAGGGAUCGAGUGGGACUACACGAAGCUUUGGAGAAACAGCUUGUUUUGGCAUCCUUAGAAGCCUUGCCCAAGCGAAGUAACGUUUCUGGAAGCAACUCUUACCCUUUGUUGUCAAAGAAAAACGGGCGUGGAGUGUAUAAAAGUUACGACUGCCCUUCAAAUGCUUCCCAGUUACAUUGCAUAUUAAUAUCAUCUCGGAUUCCAGCAUAUGAGAUGGUUGUGGAUAGUGUGAAGGCCGAGGUCAUCUCUGAGGUCUAUGAACACUGUGGCUUGACCUUGGAAAGCCUGCUCUCGCUCUUGGAGAAAGCACUGGGCGGGCAGAAGGCACAGAGCCUGGGGAUAUUUAGUGAUGGAGAUAGCAGAGAAAUCAACUUACUGCAAGGGUAUAAAAUUGGGAUCAGAAAUUUAUUGCAGCCUGAAGUGAGAGACUUCUGGGAGAAAUUGGGAAGCUAUGUGGCUACCGAAGAAGAAGGGGGUCAUGUGGACCUCUUUGUACCACUUGCAGCAUCAGAGGCAGGAGUGGAAGUUCUUUCUCAGCUGUCUCAACUAACGGGCACAUUGUUUACCGCCCCCACUGGGAUUGCAACAGGCUCCUAUCAACACAUUCUUAGUGAUUGGCUGGGGCUACAUCAGGAAAAGGCUCCUGUCUCCAUCUACUUCAUUGAAUCAAAGCUGCAAACUUGGUCCAGCCUCACAGACUCACUGGAAGACACCUUGAAAUUGGUAAGGAAGCAGUUACGUCCCGUCUUCAUGGACUUGCAGAGGAGAAUCUAUGGAAGGAUGAUAGGGCAGUUUAUGUUUGACACAAUGAGCACGGUCAACAUCUUGAUGCACCAGGAGACCACACAGGCCCUCGCGGAUGGACUGAUGGGGCUGUCGGAAGAGAACCCUGAUAAUCCUCUGGAAUUUUUGUCAUCUUUCCUGCUGAAGAAAUGUACUAAGAAGAACAAAGACUGUGAAGGAAAUAGUACUUGGACAAAAUGUGACCCAAAGUCAACAUUGAGCUUAUUCCUGAAGGAAAUAAAUGAUGUGGGAGACACCAAGUCAAGUGGCAGGAAAGGCGAUGGUCAUGUGGAGUUGCUGGUUAAGCUGGAGAGGAAGCUCCAGAAGGACUCGGCAGAAAAGCGAACUCGAGUUGUCCAGGAGCUCUUCCAGAGUGAGAGGAAAUACGUCCAGAUGCUGGAAAUUGUGAGAGACGUUUAUGCUACUCCCCUGAAGGCAGCCUUGUCGUCAAACAGAGCCGUCCUGAGUGCUGCAAACAUCCAGAUCAUUUUCUCUGAUAUACUGCAGAUCUUGAGCCUCAACAGGCAGUUUCUACAUAACCUGCGAGACAGACUACAGGAAUGGGGCCCGGCUCACUGUGUGGGAGAGAUAUGCACAAAGUUUGCAAGCCAGUUGAACACAUACACCAACUUCUUUAACAACUACUCUGUUGUUCUGAAGACCAUUGAGAAGUGCAGAGAAAUGAUACCAGCCUUCCGCGCUUUCCUAAAGAGGCAUGAUAAGACCAUUGUGACCCAAAUGCAGAGUCUGCCAGAGCUGCUUCUGCACCCCUCCCGGAGACUUGGAGAAUACAUGAAUCUUCUCUAUGCUCUGAGGCUUCACACGCCCGCCGAACAUGUUGACCGGGAAGAUUUGACCACUGCCAUUGACCGAAUCAAACAGCACAAAGGGUACUUGGAACAGGUGAAGCAAAGGAUCAGUAGGAGAGACCAGCUGUCAGACUUACAGAGACUCAUCUGGGGGUGCCCUACUCUAUCUGAAGUAAACAGAUAUCUGAUUAGGGUUCAAGAUGUAGCUCAACUUCACUGCUUGGAUGAGGAAGUCAUUUUCUCUUUAAGGCUAUAUGAACAUGUCCGUGACCUCGGCCUUUUCCUCUUCAAUGACGCGCUGAUGGUUUCCCGGCGGGGAACAUCUCAUAUUCCAUUUGACAGGACCUCAAAAAAUACCUACCAGUUCAUCGCAGCAGUAGCCCUGCAUAAGUUACUUGUGGAAGAUAUCCCAGAUUCCAAAUAUGUCAAGAAUGCAUUUAUCCUUCAAGGUCCAAAGGAGGAAUGGCUCUGUGCUACAGAGGUGGAGGAUGAGAAAUUCCAGUGGUUGUCAGCACUGCAGAGUGCAAUCAGAAGUAGUAUGGAGAAGUGAGACUGGUCUUGGGGGUGCCGAUUCCCCAUGCAAAGAUAGACGUGAUUUUCUCUGUACUGGAAGAUCCACUCAAAGGCAGAGCACGGAUCUGUCAUGGACCACAGGAGGGGGAACUAGGAUGGGCAACAAGGCGCCUUCCCAUUUUCAAUUUUACUUGUCCGGUGACUGAUUAUGUGAAGGAACAAUAUAAACAACCUGCGCAUCGUUUCCUUGGAGGUUAUUUUAUGGGUAAUAUUUAGAGUGAUUGGACAAAGCCUAAGAUAGAGCAAGCAUGUUACAUGUUUACAGUUUUGUUCUAUGAUCUCAUGAAAAACAAAAUCGGAAGAAAAAGUGUUUCUUAAAUGACAAGUCUAGAGAAAAGUCUUGUUUUGGGUGAUCAACAUUGUCAUUAAAUAAUUAUUGAUGUAAAACAGUAUUCUCAAGAAAUAUGUCAAUUUACUCAAAAUCUCAAUGAUACA